GCAUCUUGGCAAGUGAAGUGCAUAUGCCGCUCAUUGCAGCAGGCUUUUCUGUAUUUCAGACUUGUUUUGUAAUCAUUGGUAGUCUUUAAAAUGCAAUCAUCUGCUUCCAAUAGAUGUGUCAGAUGCUGAGUGUGGCACCACAGGAAUGAUGUCACGCAUGUGUUCCGUGUGAUAGUGACAACAGCUACUGGUAUGUGAUAACUGCGUGGUGAACACAAGCCAAAUGGACAACUUAAAUUCAGGCUCCCCUACUGCAGGAUAUCAGCAUCAAGUCAGAUUUCAAGAUGGAGAAAAUAUCCCCUGGAGUCCCAAAUUCAAGCCUAGUCUUGCAGAACUUCAGUCAGUGUUGCACACCACCGAGUCUGAGAAUGAGCAUUAUGUGCCACAUCCUUCCCAGUUUGAAAAGUUUAGAGGUUACGAGUAUGUGCCUCACGUGGAAGAUGAUGCCUAUGCGGCCACUGUUCCGCCACCCAAGUUUAUAGACAUUGUUGGCUCCAGGGAGAAGCCAAAGGAGGAGUAUGGAGGCAAUUCAGUUAUUAAAGAAGAGGAUGCCAAGCAGGCUUUACUGGACCACUGCAGGCAGCACAAAUGUUAUGGGAAAUCUGCAGCACAAGAAAUGAAGAUCACCAAUUUUGCUCUUUCCAGUGCUUUGCAUUACAAGUUGGAAACUUUCACAGAGAAAAGAACUGUUAAAUGGGAGCUGGAGCCCUACAGAGGUGAGAUUGUUGACACAGAAGAAGAUGGCUACCCGCCGUCUCCCUGGGAGGUUCAGAUACACCCCAGUGCCAUGUUCCAGAGAGAGACCAAGACUGCUGUGGUGCCAUUUACUACUUCUAUUAAGGACUGUUUCCUGUGUCAUGGGCGUGGCUGGACCCCCUGUAGACUGUGUCAUGGACAUGGCCAUAACAAAUGUUUCUACUGUCAUGGCACAGGUCACACUACCAAGACAGACUUCAAUGGCCACCAACUGAGGGAACACUGCAAUCAGUGUGGAGGGUCAGGAAAAGACAGCUGUUCCAAGUGUCAUGAAGAUGGCUGCUUUAAGUGCCAUCGUUGUGAUGGGUACAAGAAGAUGAAGCAGUUUAUUCAAAUUAAGGCAGAAUUUGCCAAUCAUAAAAGUGACUAUAUCCUAGAGCGUACCAAGAUGCCAGAGAAGCUAGGGGUGGAGGUGCAGGGCUUCAUCAUAUUUGAGCAGACGUCACCAAGGGUGUGGCCUAUAUCCCAGUUCCCAGAACGUGAACUGUGCAGGAAUUCCCAAAGGUUGUGUGAUGAACAUAAUGCAAAGUUCCAGGAUGCCACCAUAUUGAUGCAGAGGCACCAGUUACAAUCUGUUCCAGUGUCACAGUGGAAGUACGAGUGGAAUGGUGGCGAGUAUAGUUUCUGGGUGUAUGGUAACGAUAGGAAGGUCUACGCUCCAGAUUAUCCCCAGAAAUGUUGUUGGUGCUGUCAAAUUCUUUAGAAACUUAAAAAGCUGUCAGUUGGAAAGAGUCAAAACUGCCCAGUGUACAGGUGCAUUAAGCUGAUUUAAUCAGUUGUGGUCAAUAUAUGAUGUUUGUUAGAGAAUGUGUCUAAUUUAGAGUGCCAAGCUGUUUGCUUGAAGUCUGUUUAAGGACUUGCACUAGUACUGUGAGGCUCUAAUUGGAUAACAAAUUUCUGUCAUGUAAAAUCAACUAAUCUGUAAGUUAUUAUGGUCAGUACAUGUUGUGUGACUUGGAAUGUUUUAUGCCUAGAGCUAAUAGUUUACUGCUGUUAUAUAUGAUUAUGGAUAACAAGGUGGAUUUUGACGAUAGAUGAAGAAUGGAUGUGGAACCAAAAUCAAAAAGUUAUCAAAGUUUGUCUGUAGUUGUUAUGUCCUGUCUGACAUUUGUGAUAUCUCUUGUAGUUGAGCAUCAGAUUAUAUGCAAUACCUAGAUAGUCUUUAUACAUAUAUUAAUUUUAGGUAAAUUAAGCCUAGGGUAAUGGAGGGGGGCAGUGAUCUUUUUCAAAUUGUUCUUACAUAAAUGUAUUAUAGGUCUUAUUAAGGGAAGUCAUCUGUUUAAUGCUUUAUCACUUUUAAUGUAGUCUUUCACCAGAUUGCAACCUUGAUUUGUCAUUGAUUUGUGCCAUAAAUUUCAGUUUAAAUAUUUUUGUUAUCUAGAAG